CAGAGGCUCGCUCCUUGCCCGAUUGCUGGUCAACGGAGCGGCUUCCGGCGGAAAUGGCGAUGGGGCGGCAGUGAGUUUAGUUUGCGCUGACAAGCAAAUUGAUAAAGAGCAAACCUAAUUGGCAACUUACUGUAGCGACGCAGCCAGAAUACAGUCAAACAUGUUUGCCUUCAAUAUGUUUGACCAGGCAAUUCCACACGCCUUUCGGAAUCGUUUCUCAACACAAUACCGAUGCUACUCAGUCUCAAUGUUCGCGGGCAGUGAUCGGUCAGACGUAGAGAAAGGAGGCAAAAUAAUAAUGCCACCAUCUGCUCUGGAUCAACUGAGUCGCCUGAAUAUUACAUACCCAAUGCUUUUCAAACUUACAAACAGAAAAACUGACCGAAUGACACACUGUGGUGUCCUGGAAUUUGUGGCAGAAGAAGGUAUCUGUUACCUGCCUCACUGGAUGAUGCAGAACCUGCUGCUGGAGGAAGGGGGCCUCGUUCAGGUAGAGAGUGUGAACCUGAUGGUUGCCACUUACUCCAAAUUUCAGCCACAAGCUCCGGAUUUCCUGGAUAUCACAAACCCAAAGGCUGUAUUGGAAAAUGCCUUGAGGAACUUUGCCUGCUUAACUACAGGUGAUGUCAUUGCUAUCAACUAUAAUGAGAAGAUCUAUGAGCUUCGAGUCAUGGAAACAAAACCAGAUAAAGCUGUUUCCAUUAUCGAGUGUGAUAUGAAUGUAGAUUUUGAUGCUCCGUUGGGGUAUAAAGAGCCCGAGAGACAUUAUCAGCCUGAAGACACCUCGGAUAUAGAGACUGACCACGCUGCCUUUGUUCCAAUUGAUUUAGGUUUCAGGGCAUUUACUGGUGCUGGGAAUCGGCUAGAUGGGAAGAAGAAAGGAGUUGAUCCCAGUCCAGCACAAAUCAACCCAGAAGAUAUUAAAAGAGGAAUCCCAAACUACGAAUUCAAAAUAGGAAAAAUCACCUUUAUCAGGAACUCACGGCCACAGCCUAAGCGAAUAGAGGAGGAUUCUGGGACCAGCAGGUUUAUCGCCUUCUCUGGAGAAGGACAGUCUUUACGCAAGAAAGGAAGGAAGCCUUAGAACACCUGGUGGGAGAGUGGUGUCUUCUCUGUUUGUGGGAGGAUGAAAACUUGAGCUGGAAAGGACUGGCUGACCCAUCUUUUCAAAGAAAUCUUUACGUGUCUCAAAUGGAAUUCUUUACAUUCUGUCCCACGAACUGGAGUGAACCUGGUGGUUUUACAUGAAAGAAUGAUUUUGACUGAAGUGACUGAUUUGAGAAUGUAGUUCAACACAGCAGGUCAACUGAAAACAUUGCUAAAAACUAUUAGGUGUUUACGAAUGCAACUUUUGUUCUGGAUACACUUUCCUUAAGUAAACCACUUUUCUGACAAUUGGCUUUAAUUUGCUUUUUUUAAAGAUAGCUUCUUGCUCUGAGUCAAUACUAUAAAGUCAAGAGUUCCACAAAUCA